GUUGCCAUUUUGAAAUCAUUUUCAUUUUGGCAUUUGGAAUCAUUGUUGAGUUUGAAUCAAUCAAUAACGAUUGCCAUUCAAUACAUUUAUAUACAUACAUUUAUUUAAGUUAAGCCUAAGCCCUAAGCUAAUAUUCUAACACCUAGGCUUAGAGGAGUAUGGAGUGCCUAGACGAGGUCAGACUAGUUAUACUAGCCCUAUCUAAAGUUAUGCUUUAUUAAAAUUUAAGCUAAAUAAAUUAGAUAAUUAUUAUUAUUAUUGAAUUAGUAUUUAGUACUAUUAUAUUAUAUACUUCAUUUACUAAGGCAACGGGCGGGCAUUGGCCUGACACUAACAUAAUAUGAUAUGUGUAUAGUGUAUAUAUAUAUAAUUUAUAUUCAUCACAUUCACUAAUUAAAUUAAUCAUUAAUGGUUGUGUUUAUCAUGAUUUUUAUAUUUUGUUCAACAGAGGGGCACUACCACCUGCACUUGCAACCUGAUGAGUUUUCAAUUCCUGUCACCAGUGAAACAUGAACUUCUGUAUUUCUAAUUCUGACAUGCCUAGGCCUGGGGAAAAAACUGUAAAAACUCCUUGGAGAUGUUAAGCAGCCACAUAUUAUAUUUUAACUGUUCAUCUUAAGUUUUGCAAAAGUGUUAUAUUAUAUUGUCUUUGCCAUAUCAUCAUAUGUAACAUUACAGGCUUAAAGUGAGAUUAUCAUACCUCAAAUGCAACAUGGUCGGUACACUCCUGCGCCGGAUUUCUUCCCAGUCAGACUUCUCCAGGUAGUUAAAUAUUCAAACCUAGCUAUUAAAGUUAAGAUUUAUCAAAGCAAGGAGUUAGAAAAGUUUGACUUCAUGAGUUAAAAAGUUUGACUUCAUGCAGUAUAUUUUUCAAUUAUCAAUUCAUGUAUCAAAAACCAGAAGUUAUAAGCAUUAUGACAAUCCUUAACUUUGGAUUUUUUCUUUUUCAGGUUGAAAAAUAGACGGGCGCAACCAGGGGAACAAUAUCAACCCACUGAUGUUGAGCAUUUGGCAAACGUUAUCUCUCAUGGGGUGUGUUUUUGUCACUUAUUAACAGAAAAUUCACAUUUGGAUAGAGUAAAUGUUUAACAAAAUAUUACUUGUCUAUCACUUGAGAUGUGAACAUGUUUAAUAAUCACAUCAUAUGAUCACCAAUAAUUUAAAUGGAUUAACAUUUAAAUAUGUUUAAAAUAAAAAUAUCAAUUAUUUAAAGAUAUAUUUAACUUUGUGCGCAAAACAAAUUUUUUUUAUUUAAAAUUUUUUCAAGUAGUGAGGCUAGCACACUUUUCAUAAACUUUUGAAAAAUGCUUAAAAUUUUUUUUGUGAGAAAUAGCACUUCUAAUCUAUAAAAUGCAAGAACAAAAGAGUUUUACUUUUGCCCUUCUUAUUUGCUGGAAUCGGCCAUCACAAUGUGAUGAUGGUGUGGACUUUGCAGGAAGAAUUCCACAAGGCCUGGGAUUAUUCUAGGAUUAUAAGCUGGUUCCCAACAGCAAAUCACCCCUCUCCACACACCUGGAUAAGCCCUCUUCUUAUAACUUAUAUUGGUUGUUAUCUUAAUGACAUUCUUGCAUUUCUUACACAUAGUUUUAACAUGUCAAAAGUGCAGUUUAAUAGAUUAAAAAAGUUAAUUCUGAAUUUAGUACAGUACUUUCAGUUCACUUGGUACAAGGUACCCAAGAAAUUUUAUUAAUAAAUGUGUAUGUUUGCAAAUUAUUAUAUUCAUAUGUAAUUUGUUUUCAUACUUUUUCUUCUCUUACAAAUUUGCUUAAGGUAUGGAUCUUGCCUAGUGUACUUGCCCUGGUCUUUAUGGUUUGUGUGUCUGUCAAUGGACUCCAGGUCACCACUACUAUACUGUAUGGAUCAGCUCUGGUGCUGCUGUUUACCACUUCUACUAUUUUCCAUAUACUUUCCUACACUGGGCAGUUCCCGUAAGUCAUUAAAGUUUUCCCAAUUGUAUAUAUUCUUAAAAACCUUGUCAUAUGAUAAUUAAAAUGAAUUAUAAGUCACUGCAUUUGUUAAUUAAGGAUUUAAAAUCAGUUUUCUAAAUUAAUAUUUUUAAGCUUUAUAUUUCAGAAAAUGGAGGAGAACUUUUCAUAUUGGAGAUAGAGCAGUUAUCUAUAUUUUUAUAGCUUCUUCCUAUACACCUUGGUAUGUCUCUUUUGUAAUCCAUUUUGUGUCUUUCAAAGUUCUUUUUCUUAUUAUUUAUUGCAAAGUCUAGAAUUGUAUUUAGAAAUUCUGAGCUAUUUUGAAAACUAUAGUGAGGAGUAUUGAUGAUGUCUAUAUAUUUUUUGCUUUCACUUAAAAGAUUUAUGGAGAUGUUUAUACAAUUUGUUAACUUCCUUUUCUUUUUUUCCUUUGUGAUUUCUUUUGUCUUUUAAUUGAGAGGAUCAGAUGGUUUAUUUUGAUUUGUGGUAAAUUACAACUUCAAAUUCUUUCUUAAGUGUUAAAAAAUAUUGCAAUUGUUAUCUCAUAUUUCUUUUUCCAGGCUGCUACUAAAAGAGUUUCAUUCCUGGUCUGAGGAGUUCUUGUGUAUGGUUUGGGUUAUGGCCUUACUUGGCGUCACCUAUGCAUAUUUGUAUCAUGAAAGGUUAGUCCUAAAUAAUGUGAAUAGGCUAAUAAGUUCAUUGCUCACUUUUGUAGAUAGUAAUCAAGAUUUGGUGAGAAAUAUGUCUAUUUUCUUAACAUUAUUAGAACCAAGCAUUAUUGAAUGAUUUCCAUUUAUGCUGGCUAAAUUAACGUUUCACCACUGUUAAUUGUUGUUUUCUGGGGUUUUAAUAAAUUUUGCAUCAGCAUAACCAGCUUUCACUUGAUAAAAGAAAUAGCAUUAAUAAUAAUCAGACUUUUGCCUUCAACUUUUUUUUUUUUUUUUUUUUUUUAAAUGAAAGUGUAAAAUAAAAUUAAUUUGGUUCGAACUGUUGCUACACUAAUUACAAAAUUUAAUAAACUGAAAAUAACAUUUUAUAAGUUUUUUUGAAAAUAAAAACUUAAUAUUUUGUCUUUAAUUUUUUUUUUUUUUUUUUUUUUUUUAAAUGAAAGUGUAAAAUAAAAUUAAUUUGGUUCGAACUGUUGCUACACUAAUUACAAAAUUUAAUAAACUGAAAAUAACAUUUUAUAAGUUUCUUUGAAAAUAAAAACUUAAUCCUAUGAGAAGAUGAAAUCAUAUUUAUAGACUUUCACAAUCACUCGAAACAUGAUAGUUAUUUAAGGCAUUUUUUCCUGUUUUAAUCAUGUUUUGGUCCUAAACUAAGAUAAGAUUUUGAUCCAAUGGAAAUUUGUUUUUAUUACAUUGGGCAUAUUGUUUAAUAUAUUGUCAUGAAAGUCUUUGUAUUUCCCUUUAAAAAAAUUGGUCUGUGGCAAGGAGCUUGAUGAAUCGUGGUAUAGUCAGAAUAUUAGGUUAUAGGCGUAGGUUCUUGAGUUUCGUUGGCAUUUUGAACAGUGUAUGGAUUUUUACUCGAACAGAGUUCUCAGGUUCUUAGCUUUUUUCCAAGAUCAUGGAUAAUCAUAACAUCUGUUGCCAACUUGUCUGUGAUUGUUUUGACACUGCCAUUUGUUUACAAGAUGGGAGACAUGCUGUUUCUAAAAUGUGAAUUUGAUGCUAUGAUGUCCAAAAGUUCAUAUAAAUGCUAUUCCUCAUGAUAAAAAUACAAGAAUUUCAGUUCAAAGCAGAUUUAACACAUUACCCACUAAUUUAUUUUAAAAAAAUUUGUUUAUUAAAAAGCUCGAAAACUAUUACAAAAGCUGAAAAAAUAAGCACAUGUGCAUUCGAGUCACCUGCAGCAGAGUCCUUUUCUUUUAUAUCCAUCACAAAAGCUAUGUUUGUUAAAAGUUUCUUUGUUGUAAGAAAACAUGAAAGUAGUUGUGAUGUAUGUGCUUUAACUUUUAAUAAUAUACACAUAUGUAAAGCAAAUUUCAAUAAUGCUUCUGCUUUAUGAUUAAUCUUAUCUAUUUAUGAAUAAUAAGUAAUUAUUCCACAUUUAAAACAGGUACAAGUUCCUGGAGAUCAUCUUUUAUUUAAUUAUUGGUGUUUGUCCAGCUAUUUGUAUCAUGGACAUGGUUAGUAUAAAAUCUCUCUAUUUUUUUUUUUUUUAUUUGCCACCUUCUGAUUAAGGACAAUAUAUUUUUUAUAUUCAAACUCAUGGAGGGGAAAAAGUAUUUUUAAAAUUUUGCUAGUUUUCCAUCUCAAUGUUCCUGUGUUUGUUUGAAAAAGUUUUUUAAAGAACCAUAUACUUGAAAUAUUUAUGUAAUCUGUUGACUUUGUUAAACAUUUUGGACCAUAAUUAUUUAAAUCUAACUAUACUUUUAUCUGACAAUAUUUGUUUAAAAAAAAGAAUGAGGAAGAUAAUAAAUUUAUCAGCAUUAAUUAUUAAUUAAAAAAAUUUCCUAGUAUUUUUAUACUAAAUAUAUAUAUUAUUAUUAUGUGUAGCUUAUGUUUAUUUCAGAAAGACAUGUCAGGACUUGUGGAGCUGAGUAUCGGUGGUGCCAUGUAUAUCCUAGGCGUUGUAUUUUUCAAAAUGGAUGGAGUCAUUCCUUUUGCACAUGCUAUUUGGCAUUGCUUUGUCUUUGUGGGGUCAUUUUGUCAUUUUAUUGCUAUAUGUACCCACUUGUUAGGUGUCAACCUGCCAGGAUUUUAAAAUUGGUGCUUAUCUAACCACUAUGGUAUAAUUCAUGACAUAGAUUUACAAACAUAUCUCUCACUCAAUUUAAUAAUUUAUUAAAAAAUCAAUGACAGUUUAUUAUCCAGUGUACAAUACCAUCUAGAAACAAAUUUGUUUUAAGCUUGACAUGAAACAAAAAAAGCUAGCUAUAAUCAAAAUAAUAUUGUUAUUGUUGGCAGCUUUUCUGUGCAGUUAGAUUAAGAAUAAUUCAAUCAGGAAAGUGGGACGGAAAAAAGAAAAGGUGUUGUUGUUGGAGUCUCAUGCAUUCAUUCCAGAUUGAACCCUAAUCAUGUGUAUUUAUUUAUUUAUUAAAAUUUGCAUGUUUAAUUAUUAAGCUAUUAUACAAUUUAACAUUCAAUCAAAUCAGUAUUGCAAAAAUAUAUAUAUUUUUUAAAAUUGUUCUAAGUUCCUCAAAGUCUUACAAGUGGAGCUUUGAACCCAAUUUAUGUUCAUUUUUUUAAAACAUGUAUUUUUAUUAUCCAUAUGCAACAAAAAAUAAAUGAAUUAGAGCCAUUUUGCAAAGCUGUAGGUAGUAAUGACCUCCUCAAAUGCAUUUUUUGGGGUUAGGAUUUAAAAGAAAACUGCUAAUUUUUUAAAAUAAAUACAUUAUUCCCACAACUUUUUUUUUUUUUUUCUAGGUUAGAGGACAAUAAUAAAGUUGAACAUUUUGGGUUAUCAACAUUGUGCAAUACAAUUACAAUAUUUGUUUCUGCCCUCCAUCCUUACAAUUUGAAACCAUAACAAAGUAAUAGAGAAAAUAUUCUCACUGGUACCUCAGAUGAUUUUUAAAAAUAAAUCUGAUCUGUUGAAUUUAAACUUAAUUAUAAAUCAACCAUAUGCUCUUAAACACCAGGCCCUAAGAUCAAGUCAUUAUUUUUUAUCAGCAACCUAUUAUCUUUACUCAUGACAAACUAACCUAUAGCUCAAUUAUAAAGUUAGUGCCACUCCAUGAAUACUGUAUGGUAAUUAAAUAUUGGUUUCCAUCUGAUUGCAAUGUGAAAGACAUUUUAUUAAUCAUAAAUACUGUAUGAUACUUGAAUAUUGGUCAUCAUCCUUUAUUGGGAGGAAAUUUUCUGUCAUAUGUUACGGUCAAAGAUAUUUUAUUAAUCUGUGCCAAAAUUUGUUUGCACUUGUAAUAAUAUUUGUACCGG